AACUGGCCGUUUUUGCCAACUCGUUGUAAACUUGGAUGGGGAAGCUCGGGAGCUGCCUCCGCCCCAGGGGUCCUGCGCUCCGUGAGCGGCCACUGUUCGCCAGUAGGUCAGCGGCCGAAACUCCAGUAAAGGCCGUUUGCGUCCACGUCCGCCACCCCGCGCACGCGCGGACUGCACCGAGCCGGUGCCGGCGCCAGGUAACCAUAGAGUGCGGCCGGCAGGCAGAGGGGCCAGAAUCCGGGGCCAGUCCGUCCCCAGCUUCCGGCAGCACCUCGCUGGGCCGGGGGCGGUGGCAGCCGCGUUUGCAGUUUCCAUGGGGACUGAAGAUGGCGCCGCGAGGUAAAAGGUUGUCCUCCACCCCACUGGAAAUCCUGUUCUUUCUGAACGGGUGGUAUUAUGCUACAUACUUCCUGCUGGAACUCUUCGUAUUUUUGUAUAAAGGUCUCUUGCUACCAUAUCCAACAGCCAAUCUAGUACUGGAUGUGGUGAUGCUCUUCCUUUAUCUUGGGAUUGAAGUAAUUCGACUAUUUUUUGGUACAAAGGGAAACCUCUGCCAACGAAAGAUGCCACUUGGUAUUAGUGUGGCCUUGACCUUCCCAUCUGCCAUGAUGGCCUCCUAUUACCUGCUGCUGCAGACCUACGUGCUCCGCCUGGAAGCCAUCAUGAACAGCAUCUUGCUCUUCUUCUGUGGCUCAGAGCUGCUGCUUGAGGUGCUCACCAUGGCUGCUUUUUCCAGGGUUCCUCAGAAAACACGAUAGACUCAAUUCUGGAAGACCUUGGUGUAUGGAUUACUUUACCACUUUAAGAAAUACAAAAGGAUUCAACGAAUGCAAAACUGUCACAAGAUUUAAACGGUCUCUCUGGGCCAUAGAGCCUCAGUUCAAAGAAGUUUGUGGGAACUGUUCUGGUGUACAAGGCAGACUUGCUGAGGAUUCUGUUGAAGAUUUUAUUGAAGAAAACAAUGUAACAAGUUGUGUUUGGACUUAAUCUGCUAGCAACACCAAUUCACUUUACUCUUCAGAUGCUAAAACAGAAAAACAGAUUAAGGCCUGAGGUUUUUCUGAUUACCAAAUGAGCUGAUUUAUGCAGUUGAAGUAAAACCUAACUCUACAAAUUAAGUGAAAAGUACAAUGUUUUACAGGCACUAAUGUUGAAGGUUUUAUUCCAGGGAUAUCAAAAAAGAUGUAUUUCAUAUUGAAUUACCAGGAAGGAUUUUGUGUUGAAUAGCAUAAAAAUAACUGAGAUUGUCUCAUGAAGCUUCCUGGUUUACAAGAGAAUUUGCAUAAUUCUGAAUUUAAAUAAGGACUUCCCCACCUGUAUGCUCAUGUUCCUACCUGACAGCCCUUUUCCUGUUAUCUAAGGGAAGUAGUAAAGUUUAGAUUUAUUUUUUUCAAAUCAACCAUCAUUGUUUCUUUUCAUUGUAACUAAAGCUCAAAGUUUUUGACUUUGUAACUACUAUUUCCACAGUCCUCAUCUCACUCUCCUUCCCUUAACUGCCCACUGUCUUCAAUGACCAGGAAUGGAAACUCUUGAGCAUAGAAAUCCAUUUUCCCCAUUUGUCUCACUAAUCCUAACACUAAUCCUAGCAAACAGAAGUAGCUCAAUAAAUGUCUAUUGAUGAAAUUAAGGAGGAAAACAGGGCACACUGUGUAGAGGGCUUGUCUCAGUACAAGAACAGAAUGGGGAGAAACACUCAGAAUGGCAGCUCUCAGUCACUUUUCCAGAGUUGUUCUCCCCAGCCCAAGAGAGCACUGUCAAUCCCAAGACUCUCAAUAUAACAGCAGUAAAACAGCUCUGCAAAAGAGGCUUCUGCAGCACAUGCUGUAAGAGAUUCGGGAGUCAGCACCACAGGGUUCCACCUAGGAACUGUAUUUAUUUUCCCUGGGGAGCAAAGUACACGUGACAAGGUUUUUGUGCAUGGGUAAGCCUGGGGUAAAUCAAUGACAUUCUUAAAACAUUCUAAAACACAAUCUCUACUGGUUGCCUUGCUGUUAACAAUUCCAGCCAAACAGAGCUUUUACCACUUCCUUAGCAGCCUCCAAAUUACACUAAAACCAGCUUUGCUAAAAAUUAACUCAUUUGUGCAGAAAAAAGCACCCCUCCCCAGAUUUUCCCCAAGACGUAAAACAUUCAAAAUCUAUACUUUCUUCAACUUACCAAGUAUCAAAUAUAGUCUGUUUAGUGUAAAUGUCUACUAGGUUUUACACACCCUCUUUAGCUUAUCUUAGACUCAUAACAAAGUCCUGUUUAACUAAAGAGACCAGAGAAGAAAUUGUUGAGUCCAGUGACUUCUAACCUGACAAAGCAGUGACCACUGGACGAGGCCUGCUUCUUGCCUGCGACCUACAAGCUAUAUUGCUCAAGAAAUUAUGAAAUCUCAUUUCUCAGGCCAAAUAUGGUAGAUCUGUGGUCAAGGACAUCAUUCUACCCAUAUGCCAAAGUGAAUCAGCAGCACUGUUAUUAACCCAGAGAUAAGAAAAUUAAGGAGAAAAGGUUUUUUAUUAACAGAAAGACUAAUGGAGCCUCUUUUUGCUAUCUUGUAUUUAUCCGACUUGUUUGAAAUUUUGUAAAAAGUUUCCUAAGAAAUGUUGAUUUAACUGGCAACCACAUGUAGAUGACUUGUUUGCAUGAGAAGACAUGGGAGGAUAACUAAUAAAAGCAUACCUGGUGAAGCUGUA